AUGUUUUAUACCGGAGGUUUACCUUUUAAUAUUGCAAGAAAUCCACACUAUGUCAUGGCUUUUCAGUUUGCUGCUAACAACAAAAUUGAUGGUUAUGUACCUCCUGGUUAUAAUAAGCUAAGAACAACAUUACUACAAAAAGAAAAAUAUAAUGUUCACAAGCUAUUGGAGCCGCUUAGGCCUACAUGGAAAGAAAAAGGUGUGACUAUUGUGAGUGAUGGCUGGAGUGAUCCUACAAGAAAACCUCUAAUCAACUUCAUGGCUACCUCAGGUAACGGUCCUUUGUUUCUAACGGCAUUUAAUUGUUUCGGGGAAGUGAAAGAUAGAUUUUUUAUUGUCGAAUUAAUGAAGGAAGUCAUCAAUGAAAUUGGUCAUGAAAAUGUUGUGCAAAUAAUUACUGAUAAUGCAACAAAUUGUAAGGCGGCUGAAGAGAUUAUAGAGAGUCAGUUUCCUCACAUUUAUUGGACACCAUGUGUUGUUCAUACACUUAAUCUUGCUUUGAAGAACAUUUGUUCACCAAGGAAUGUGGAAACAAAUGAACUAACAUAUGAACAAUAUCGUUGGAUAAAAGAAGUUCACGAAGAGGCGUUUGCAAUAAAAAAUUUCAUCAUGAACCAUAACAUGAGGCUCUCGAUUUUCACCAAGUUUACUCCUCUUAGGUUGCUUUCUGUUGCUGACACUCGCUUUGCCUCCAUCAUUGUGAUGCUUAAGAGAUUAAAACUUAUCAAAAGGGGUCUUCAAGCUAUGGUCAUAAGCGAAGAAUGGUCUUCUUAUAGAUUAGAUGACACUGAGAAAGCAAACGCUGUGAAAGAAUAUAUUUUGAAUGAUGAUUGGUGGGAUAAAAUAACAUAUAUUCUUAGUUUCACUGGACCUAUAUAUGAGAUGAUUAGAGCUUGUGACACUGACAAGCCAUGUUUACACUUGGUCUAUGAGAUGUGGGAUUCUAUGAUUGAGAAAGUGAAGAUUGAGAUCUACAAGAAAGAAAAACAUUCGACAUCUCAAAUAAGUUGUUUUUACGACGUUGUGCAUAGUAUUUUAGUGGCUCGGUGGGCGAAGAAUAACACUCCCCUACAUUGUUUAGCUCACUCUUUACAUCCAAGAUAUUAUAGUGAUGCAUGGUUAAUGGAGGAUUCUACAAGAUGCACUCCAAAUAGGGAUGGAGAAAUUUCACAAGAAAGGAUGAAAUGUUUUCGAAGGUUGUUUCCUAAUGGUGAUGAGUAUGGCAAGGUCCUUGAUGAGUAUGCGAUGUUUUCAAUGCAGAGUGGUCCUUUUGAAGAUUUAACAAGCAUUUCAAAGAUGGCUACUAUGGAACCCAAGAACUGGUGGGUUAACUUUGGUGCUCAAACUCCUUUUCUCCAGACUUUGGCUUUUAGAUUACUUGGACAACCUAGUUCUUCUUCUUGUGCUGAGCGUAAUUGUAGUACUUACGCAUUUAUUCACUCGCUUAAAAGGAACAAGUUGACUACAAGUCGUGAUCAAGACUUGGUUUACAUCCACAAUAAUCUCCGACUUUUGUCAAGGACUCCGAAAGAUGAUGUAAAGAUGUGGGAUGUGGGUGGAGAUGCUUUUGAUUCAAUGGAAGACGUCGGGUUUUUGGAGUUUUUAGAUCUCUCACUAGAUGAACCCGACUUUGAAAAUGAUUUGAUUAUUGAUAAUUAG